GCGGCCCGCGGUGAUGACGGCGCGGCGGCGCGACGCGGGGAGGAGCUGUGGGGGUCAGCGGGAUGGAGGUGGCGGCCGCCGCGGCUCCGGCUGUGCGGUGUGCCCUGCGGCGCUGCCGGGCGGGUCUCCGGGGGCGGUGGGCUUCGCCCGCCGGAGGGGUUCCCCUCAGGCUCUGCAGCACGCGGGUGACUCUGGAGGGCAUCAACAAGCCCGUCAUAGACCGCAUCAUCCGCGUGGACCAUGCCGGGGAGUACGGGGCAAACCGUAUUUAUGCGGGACAGAUGGCCGUCUUGGGCAGGUCCAGCGUGGGGCCCGUUAUCCAGCAAAUGUGGAAUCAAGAAAAAGAUCACCUCAAAAAGUUCAAUGAACUAAUGGUUGCAUACAGAGUUCGACCUACUGUUCUGUUGCCUUUUUGGAAUGUAGCAGGGUUUGUUUUAGGGGCUGGAAGUGCUUUGCUUGGAAAGAAAGGUGCAAUGGCUUGCACAGUGGCAGUGGAAGAGAGCAUAUCGGAUCACUACAAUAGCCAGAUCCGAACUCUUAUUGAAGAAGAUCCAGAAAAGUACAAAGAACUGUUGCAGGUAAUCAAGCAGUUUCGGGAUGAUGAACGGGAGCACCAUGACAUUGGUCUCGAGUAUGAUGCAGAAGCAGCACCAGCUUACUCAAUUUUGAAGACAGCUAUACAACUUGGAUGCAAAGCUGCAAUAUUUUUAUCAGAAAGAAUUUAGUGGUAUAUUCCAUGAUGUUUGUGGUAAUAAACUGUGACACAAAAGUGUAUGGAAAUUGCAGAAGUCUAAUAGUUAUUUUAUUCGGCCUUUUAAAACUUUCUUCACUAAGCAUCUGGUUUGGCCACCCUUUGUCACGUGGAGUACCCGUUCAAAAAGUAUCUGUACUGAAGUCAGUUGAGCCAGAUAUGAAUAAAGGUGGCAGAACUGGGUCUGUGUGAACUAAACCUUCUUAUUCAGAGACUGUUCACAAGGUGGCAGCAAAAGAUGUAUGUAUAUACAUGAUUUAUAUAUAUAAUAUGUGUGUGUACAUACACACAUAAAAUAAUAAAUGCAUUUUCUGUCUUCAAAUUUGUAUGUACUUGAAAUAAGCUGGAGCUCAUUAGCUCUCUUUAAAAUGGUUAAUACUAACUAAGGAUAUUUUUGAGUUCUAUUUUCAGGAUAAGUAAAUGAAGUACUAGUAAGUAGUCUGUCUUGAAUGAAGAGUGGUAUUAUUAAAACUUUCAUUUGAAGACUUGUUUGUGGGUUUUCUGGGGUUUUUUUUCAGGCUCAAUUCUGAAUUCUUUAGGUAGAAUUUUUCUUCCUUUGGGUUUUUUUUUGUAGUUGUGGGGGUUUUUUGUUGGGGUUUGUUUGGGUUUUUUUUGUCCUGAGUGUAAGGAGUUAAUCCCUGAAUAAAGCAGGUGGAGAGAGUAACCUGGAGCACCUGUGAAAUUGCCCUUAAUAUUCUCUUACAGCUUUCAAGUUUGUCUUACUUUGCUGCUAGUCUUCAGUGGCUCUCAAACAGAGAUGCUUUUACUUUCUCCAUGUUUGAAUAAUUUCUCUAGACUUUCUGCCGGUACCCUGGCAUGGAGCAGUAGAAAUAAAAAAAGACAAAGUUGUGCA